UCCAUUUCGAUACAAGUCUGGGCUCUCCAAAUUAUUCGUUUUCCGGACCAGGACUCAAGGCGAGACUGGAGAUGAUGUGCUGUGCACCAAUGUGCGGGGGCUGCUGUCCUUCGAUGUGCUGCCAGCCCGUUUGCCGGAUGCCGUUGGAGCCACUGCGUCCGGCAACAGUCACCUACGGCUGCCCCUCACCGAAGUGCAUGAUGUGCAGCCAGAAUAAUGGAGAGGAGGAUUGCCGCUGCAAUUUCCAGCGCAACAAGCACAUCCUAGAAGCACUGAGCUGCCUGUUCCGGGUCAGCAAGUUCCAGAUGCUAACCACGCUCUUCCAGCUGGCCUACCACGAGAGUCGGCCAUUGCCGCGUUUUCCGCGGGAUCGCAACUGGUCGGUGAUGGAGAAGAUAAAGGCGCCGUAUACGGAGCUGCAUGACUUGAAGAUCUACGACAGUAUGUUCGAUCGCUGUGGCCAGCCCAUCGAUCCGCUGGACCGAAGGAAUGCCUACAAGCUGUUGCGCCUGAUCUUUCUGGCUUCGGUGCUAGUUCCAGAGCAGCAGACUCAGCUCAUGGCCAUGUUGUCCAAGCUGAAUGCCCAUGCCAUCUGUCCUGUGGAUCUUAAUGGGCUGUUGGUUGUCCUGCAGCAGGUCCAGUUGGAUGAGCUGGUGUGCGGCAUUCUGGAGCAUGACGUUAGGGUUAAGCGGUUCCACAGCGCUCGGCAAUGCAUGGAUCUGUGCAAUCUCUACCACAAAGUGGCCGCCACGGAUAAGAAUGCGGUGAUCCACAAGCGACGCCCGCGCAAGUUAAAAUCGAAGAGCAAGGACGCGGAUGCACAGAAGAAGCCGCUGCGAAGGACCAUCACUACACAGAUUUACUGCACCCGACGAGUACAGGAGCCGGAAGAUCUGACCAAUCGGGGUGAAGGCAGCUCGCCCGCCCACCGCAGCACUAUCACCUCUUUGCGUCGCUCUUCUUCCCAAAAGAAGACCUGGGGGAAUACCCAUCGCAGCAGUGAAGUUGCCUCGGAGAAGGGAUCCCGCCGAGAGUCGCGCAACUCAACGGGUUCCCCGAAAAGAAAGCCAGAAACGCCCAGCGGAGGAUUGCGAAUGCAGGGUGGCAGGAAGAACAGAUCAAGUCCUUAAUUUUCGUAACCUAUCCGGUCUGUAAUCUUGGUCCAUCCAAAAUUCCGUAAUGAUCUUUUUGUAAUCCUUUUUGAGUAAUCAUAGCAAGAAAACAUAGCUCAG